CCCGGCAUUGAGGCCCCGGCGCCUGCGCCUUGGCCGCCCAGGGCCUCCCUGAGCCAGUCGGAGCAGGUUGAACGGCGAGGCCCGGGCCCGCAGCGGGAUGGCACUGAGGCGUAUCCAGAAGGAAUACCAGGACUUGGAGCGUGACCCUCCAGCACUGUGUUCAGCAGGUCCAGUAGGAGAUGACUAUUUUCAUUGGCAAGCUACUAUCAUGGGGCCAAGUGACAGCCCUUACCAAGGUGGUGUUUUCUUUCUGAAUAUCCAUUUCCCAUCAGAUUAUCCUUUCAAACCACCAAAGGUUUCGUUUACAACGAAGAUCUAUCAUCCAAACAUUAACAGUAAUGGCAGCAUUUGCCUUGAUAUUCUCCGAUCACAAUGGUCCCCAGCUUUAACACUGUCAAAAGUUCUUCUGUCUAUCUGUUCGCUGUUGUGUGACCCAAACCCUGAUGAUCCUUUGGUACCAGAGAUUGCACACACCUACAAAUCUGACAGGGAGAAGUACAACAAACUGGCCAGAGAUUGGACAAACAAAUAUGCAAUGUAAUCGUGACAGACAAGAAAUAGUAACUCCUUUACAUAAUCUGGAAUGCAAAAAUAAAAGCUGGCUGCAGUUUUAUGGAAUCCCACCUGCCAUUCACAAUGAAUUUUAUACUUGGUGAAGGGUGAGGAGCUCUCUGUCUGAAUGCUGAUGCGUUCUGGCCUUGGCUCGAGCAGUCGGCCUGCCAUAUAUGGAUGUGUAUUUUGAAAUAUACAUAUAUAUUUCCUUUUUUAUCACCAGUUUCUGUGACCACAGUCCAGUUGUUCGCUGGUCCCCCAGCAUUUUACCAGUCACAGAUAGAAGGGAGGGAGAAGCAACUCCCUAAGUGUUUAUUUUUUGGAAAUGUGAAGCUUGUUUUCCUGCUCUAUUUAUGCUGUCUGCACUGCAUACUGUUGAGUGCGUGUUUUUUUUAAUAUAUAGAUUAUAUAAGUGUGUCUGUAUAUACAUAUAGAAAUCACAGAGCCUCUUAACCACGGUUUUAGUGAAUAGUGCAAUUUGUACCUGUGUCAACACAGUUGCUCCACACCUGCUGAACUUUGCCAGGACCGAGUGCUUCUUUGCAGAUAUUAACUGGUGUGUGGCUGCUGUUUACUUAUGAUGCAGUUUGCUUUGUAUCCCCACCUUCCAUUCUCUGGAUGCUGCUCCCUUGUCUAAGGUUUGGGGGCUCUGCUGGUGCGGAUGCCCUAACAGGCACUCUGGUGAUUUGUUUGUUGCCUUGUUCCAUGCACUCCUGUUCGCCCUUGAGUGUGUGCCAUGGGAUAGUGAUUGUACUGCAUCCUCUAAGAAGUCCUUACAGGCUUCUGCCUCACCGAUCAGAGAAUUAUUAAGAGCCACAGUAUGCAUUGAGUUAACUCCACUCUGCCUCCAAACCAUUGUUGCACCAGAUACUCUGCACCGUCACAGCAAGAUGCCCAGCCAACACUCCAAACUCUUUUUGUUUUAUUUUGCUUCUGCCUGGUCUGAGCGUCCUUAGUAUAUUCAAAAUAGAGCUCCUGCAGUCAAUUGCGAGUGUGGUAUUUGAUUCCAGUAGCCUGGGUCAGACUGUAAGCUAGAUCCCUGUAUUAGAUUAAUGCAUGCUGGCAGGCCGACAGACCACAGGUGCCAUUGACUUAGCAACAGCGGCUGUUGGUCAGCAGUCAGGGCUACAAUCGAAGGCUCAGCUUUCAUUGAACUAAUCCCAGGAACACUGAGGUUGAUCCUGGUCCAACUGAAUCUUGCUUCACUCAACAGGCAAGAAAGCAAAGAUGAAAAACAAAGCUCAUCCUGUACCGGGAUCUUGCUGGUCUGUUUCUUUCAGUGCCCCACUAUUUAUCCACUGAACUCGGGGGCCACUGUGCAGCUGUACACACUUUUAUAAACCUGACUCUAGGAGGAAGCUUGCAAUUUCUCCCUUUUAGUUGAGCUAACUUUUGAGGUUCAGAUUUCAGGCCAAGUAAGAGAUCAGUGGCUAAUUGGACCAUGCUUGAUUCUGCAGUAAUUUAAGUCAAGGACCUUGUGUUGUCCCACUGUGUUUCAAAACAACAGGGCUGCUCCUGGUAUCUGUGGCCAUGAGCCCCUGGGGAGGGUAACCCAGGCUGGGCAGAUGCCAGUGACACUGAGCUGGCUGGUGUCCAGCUCUGGGUGGUCAGUAAUCCCAGUCAAGCCCUUUCUGGAAGGUCGUCAUCUUGCUUAAAAAAAGAGACAGACUGCAGAGACUCCCUUUCCAUAUGCACAGAAAUGGUAGCAGGUUCAUAUAUGAAUGGCACUGAAUGGAGUCUGUGCCUACUGCACUUUACCCAGUGCACAGUGGCAUCGCUCGGUCUGAUGCAGGAUUCGAGAAAGUUUGUACACUCCUUUGUGAACAGUAAUCUGCGAAAAUGAGUGAAAAACCAUAACUGAGAAUUGGAAAGAUCAAAUGUAUAUGCUUUUUAAGUUUAAAAAGAAUGAUGGGGUUUAACUCAGCUUUCACUGAAAGAUCUAGCCUCUUUUGUUGGUACCAUGUAGUGUUUUUGUCUUUUUUAACGGUUUAUUUGAAUAUGCAAAGUCCUUUCCUAUGCUAUGUGAAUAAAUUGGUGGCUGGUUUCUGCUGUAA